CAAAUAGAAAACUGCAUAAUUGCUUCCUCACAUCUUCCCGAAACAUGAAAUGGAACAUAAGAAUAAAACAAAUACGGCAUGCAAAGAAUUGUAUCUUCUCAAAUCUAGAUAGCCUACCUUCCGCUCCUCUGCGAGCUUUGAAUUCUCCCAAUCUCCGGGGAGAAUUUUUUAUUUUUUUAUUCUUUUGCAAAGCUUGCAAAAAAGAAAUAACAAACUUCUCUUUCCAUGAAGAACCAACCAUAAAUUCACCGCCUCUAGUUCUCCUCCUGUUACCAGGUAACUUGUUUCCAUCAAGCAACCAUUUGAUGCAAAUGCAUUGCAUGCAAACGUGUACCAAUGGGGAUGACACUUUCUCUAGUUUAGGGUGUGAUCAAAUGUGAAAAGGUAGGUUUUAUGUUUUUGCACAAAAUUUGUCCCAUUUUAUUGUGAAUAAGGACAAUUCAUGUAAUACAGGUUUCAUUUAGGUUGCUUUUUCCUCUACAUAUUCCAGAUUGUCACUUUGUUGUGUUGUUAUUAAUUUUUCACGGUAUGGAUUAUGAAGAUAUGUGCCCGUCUACAAGCAAUGCCCGGUGCAAUGAUUGCGGGGGGAGUUGUUCUAUCACUGAUGGAAUUGAUACUGGAACAUACCGAUGCUAUGCGACUAAAAAAUCCAAUAAAUCUAAGAAUUCGGUAGUUUCAAGAUCAGAAUUCGUAUUGCCGCCAUUGACGGCCCGGAUAGACAUUGGAAAUGAGUGUGCCGCUCUUCGUGAAAUGGUGAGCAACCAGCAUAAGAGUAUUGAGGAAUUAAACACUGAGCUAGAUGCAGAGAGGUAUGCGUCAGCUUCAGGUGCCAAUGAGGCCAUGGCUAUGAUCCUGAGGUUGGAAAGAGAGAAGGCCGAGAUUCAGAUGGAAUUUAUACAGUUUACAAAGGAAAAAAUAUUACAUGAUCAGCAAGAGUUAUUUUUACUAGAGGAUCUAUUAUACAAGAGGGAGCAUGAAAUAAAUGCGUUGACAUGUGAGGUUCAGAUGUAUAAGCAUAGAAUGAUGAAUCUUGGGUUCACUGAGUCGGAAAUAGAGGAAGAGAUUGAGAAAGAGAGGAGCCAUUUUGACUCAAACAAUAACGCUUCCGAGACUUCUAAUCCACAAUUUGAGGUCCCUAUUUAUGAUUACCCCCCAUUAAAAUGCUUGAAUGAGAAUGAAGUUUACUUUGAGGUUGAUAAUGAGGUUGGGGGUGUUGAAAAAUAUGCAUUUAGGGAAACUCCACGAACAUGUGACAAUUUCAUGGAUUUAGAGAGUAAGAUCAACCUGUUGGAAAUGAGUUCGAUGACAGUUUACCCUGAUGGUGACCAGAUCUGUAAGAACAACACUAUUGAAAAGGUGAUAGUUGGUCAAUCUCCAAGGAGGCCUAGGCAUAUGAAGAAGUUUUCAACUGAUAGUUUAGGGUCUUUCAGGGUAGCAAAUAAUUAUGAUCUUGUUAUAGAAUCACCAAAGUUUGGGGGGAGAUUGAGGAAGAUGGAAUUUCCACAAAAAGAAGAGUUUUCAAACUUGAUGAGAGUAGAGAAUGCAUCUGAAGUAGAGGAUUGCAUGGGUGAUAGAGUUUACACAAUUGAUCCCAUACAUCUAGUGAAAUCAACUUAUAAUAAGGCAUCUGAGGGGGCUUCUGAAGAUUAUAAUAAUACCCCAAAGGAUUCAAUGAUUUAUAGCAAUAGAGAAGAUGUCGAUAUCAAGAAGUUGUUUGCAAGGUUGCAUGCACUUGAGGCUGAUAGGGAGUCAACGAGGCAAGCUUUGAUUUCAAUGAGUACUGAUAAAUCACAGAUCGUAUUGCUGAAGGAGAUUGCUCAAAAAUUGUGCAAAGACAUGUCACGGCUAGAGAGGACACCCGCGAGAAAACCUUCCAUCAUUCACUCCUUCUCAAUUAUGUCAUUAUUCAAGUGGAUGGUAUCAUUUGUGCUAUGGAGAAGGAAAGCACACCGGUGCAAAUACAUGUUUGGAUUGAGUAGAAACAAUGUAGGCUUGUUAAUGCUCUUAGAGAAGGGAUCUCGUGUAUGUCAGUGGCGAUGUAUUUUUAGCACACAAGUAUGAUAUUUGCUACCUAUUUCCACAUCCACAUUAUCGAAGAACAAGCUUCAAAGGAGAGGGGCUAUCAAAUGAAAAUGCUACUACAACAGGAGAGAGUGGAUUCUAGUCAGAUUUCUUACUUAUUACUUUUGGUCAUUUCACUUUUUUUGUUGGUGUGGGUCAUUCACCUUUAGGUGUUAGAAAGAGAUACUUUUGUUGAAUGUGUUGGGGAGGCUAUCUAGAUUCUAAUGCAACUAUUAUACGUCA